AUGGUAGGCAUUAAAAAUUUAAUUUAGAUCGCAGGGUUGUCAUUAAGAGCCGGGGGCCGGGGAUUUUCCCCGGCUACUAAUAGAGUGGCCCCCGGCUACUUCUAUUGGAAAAUAGAAGAAAAAUAGAACCAAAAGAAAUCCCUAGCCGUUUGAUUCCCCACCUACUUGUUUUAUUUACCUGGCAACUUGAAAUCUUAGUGACAACCCUGAGAUCGUUCUUUUAAAUAAAUCAAAAUAAGAUUUUCUUGCAUACUAUUUUUGAAUUCCUAAAUGAACUGUUUGUUAUUACCGUUUUGGUCAUGCAACGUUACAUUAUGCCAAAUUGCUCCUGUCAUCAGAAGCAUAUACAUGUAAUAAGCUUCUUAGUCACACAUUUAGAAAAUCUCGAAUUAUAGUAUUGUUCAUUUGUUUAUGUAGUUUUACCAGUCAAGUACACCUCCUAUGAUUGUGUUUUUGGAGAUGCCAUGUUAUGCCAAUAAAUUUAAUUUUUGUUGACAUCACGCACUCAAACUAAAGAAAAAAACUAUUUUCUUUUAAAAGACAUGUUAAGGUUUUAUACAAGAGAAAGGAACAGGGACAGGGUUAUUUCAUUGUUUUAUUGUGGUUGAGCUUGUUUUGGUGUUUUUGUUUAUGUACAGGGAAGGGCAGAACAGGGAACAGAUGGUCUGCUAUCACAUACAGGAUUGCACUUGCGAUAUUUACCAGAAGUCCAAGAGCUUAUGAGGUAUUAAAGAGUUACCAAAUUUUAAAGCUACCAUCGGUAGCAUCACUGAAACAUUUUACAUCAGCAAAUAAACAGCCCACUGGUUUAAACCUUCCCCACCUUCAUGAUGCUAAUCAGGCCUAUGCUGCAUACAAGGAAGAAUGGAAAGAACAAGGGUUUUUAGAGCCAGAGGAGUAUGGUGGUCUAAUAUUUGAUGAAGUGAAAGUGAUAAUGAAAGUGCAGAGAAUGGGUAAGAAACAUGCAAGACCAUAUUGCAAUGUGCCUUUACUGCAACUCACUUACAUUAUUUUUGCUGCCUGUAUUGUUUCAUUUACAGUGGCAUCAGCUGGGUUGAGCCCAAGGGGCCACACCGGCUUUAACCAUGCAGGAACCUCUUCCCCCCUUUCACUUGGUCAUCAGGUUCUAGGACUACCACCCCCUGCCCAUCAAGUCUACCAAAAAAACGUUCUGUCACCCCAGCCUAAAUAUGUUUCUAUGUCCUUCACAUAUUUGCCUUCACCAUAAAUCGGCCUUUUAGCAAGUCAUUUCAAAAUAACUUCCUGAACGCAUUGUUAUUUUUGUAUACUUUGACCGUUGUCUGAGACAUUCCGUUUUAAUUCUCUUCUCUUAUAAGGAUUGGUCAAUAAGGAUCUAUAUGUAAGACAAACACAGUAAAAAAAAAUGUAAAAAACAGAACUUAUAACACUAAUAAUAUAUUAAGAGUAAUAAUGAAAUAGUAAUUAUGAUUAAUAAUAAUAAUUAGAAUAAUAAUAAUAAAACAUCACAUCCAGCUUUAGUUUGAAUUCAAACUCUUAUAAUAAUAUGACCAUUAUUGUAUGGCCCCUGCAGUAUAAUGCUGAUGUACCUUAAUUUUCAUUUUCAAUUAGAUAGGUUUACAGGGCUUGCCACGACAGCCAACGACAUGGCAACCCUGCAAGAUGUUUAUGAAGAACUGAAAGCACCACAGACAGUAAAAGCAUCUUACAUCAUGCAGUUCCUUUGGUGUGACUUGACAAGUGAUUUUGAUGUCAUUGGCCCAUACUUUAGCAGUGGCAAAGGGAUGGAGUGCAAGUUUGUCAUUUCAUGCCUUAUGACAACAAUUCAGGCAUUCCAUAUUUAUGGUUUUAAAACCAUGGCAGUAGUUUGUGAUGGUGCCAGCACAAAUUUAAAGGCAAUCAAGUACCUCACCACAGGAAAAAGUGGGGCAUACGGUAUAAACGAGGAUCUCCAUGCAGAAGAGCCACAUCAUGUGAAGACAUGA